AUGUUUAGUGAUAAAUUAAUUAAAAAUAAACGAAUUGCUGUGAUUGGUGCAGGGCCAUCAGGUCUUUCGUUGGCUUGUUUAUUACAAAAGAGAGGUGCUACUGAUGUAAAGGUUUAUGAAAGAGAUAUAAAUAGAUUUACUAGAAUUCAAGGCGGUAGUUUGGAUAUUCACCAGGACUCUGGUCAGUUGAUCAUUAAGGCAUCGGGCUUGCUAGAUCAGUUUCAAAACAAGAAGAUUCGUACAGGUGGUAGUUCUCAUUCAAUCUUGGACAAGGAUGCCAAGCUCCAUUAUAUGGUACCCGAGUUUAAAUUAUUGAAUAGUAGACCUGAAAUUGAUAGAGGAGAUUUAAGAGAUCUGUUUCUAGAUGCUUUGGAAGAGGAUACAGUACUAUGGAAUCAUCAUUUAAUAGGCGUAGAAAUCGACAACAACUUUUUAAAUAAUAAUUCGGUUACUUUGAAGUUUCAAGAUGGAACAGUGGAUCAUGUUGAUAUACUGAUUGGCGGUGACGGUUACAAUAGUAAAGUUAGAAACCUUCUAUUACCACCAGACAAAGUUCAAGGUGUUUACAAAGGUAUCCUUUUGAUUCAAUCAGAAAUUGAGAAUCCAUCUGAAAGGUGUCCACAAAUAGAUUCAUGGGUGGCCAAUGGCAGUAUGUUUGCUUUGGGUGAUGGAAAGCUAUUGGGUGCCCAACAAAAGUCAUCUGGGAAUCUGGUUGUCUUUUUCUCGACGAAAAAGAAUGAAGAUUUUGUAAAUCAAUCCAAUCUUCUAUCUAACAACAACGAUCUAAUUAGAGAAUUUCUAUUUAAAGAAUUCAACGGUUGGAAUCAAGUGUUUAUUGAUUUAAUUAUUGAAGCCACAACAUCAGUUCCUAUUACAGCUAGAUUAUUAUAUGGAAAUAUUUGUGAGAAAUGGGAGACCAACCCAAGAGUCACUCUGAUAGGUGACAGCGCACAUACCAUUCUACCAUUCACAGGAGAAGGAGCUAAUAUUGCAAUGUUAGAUAGUCUUGACCUUGUCAAUGAAUUAACUGAUCCAAAUAAUAAUUCAACAUUGAACAAUUUUAUUUGUUUCUACUUUUAUGUCUCUAUAAACCAACCAAACCAAACAAUCACUCAAUAUGACACCUCUUUCUUAUUGAUUGUCUCAAAUCAUCCAACACAACCCACAGCAGUCCUGAUUUACCAACAAAUAGGUGGUAGUCCUUCUACUUCUUCUAAUUAA